CGUAAUUUUUUUAUUAAUUUUCAUAUAACACAUUUAAAGUUUCAGGCUUCACCGCUUUUGCGGAUUUCAAAAUUGCGGCAUUAACAUCUUUGCCAAUUUAAACUUUCUAUCAUGUUUAAAUUAUCUAAUUUCACUCUACCACAACUUUUUAAUAUUUUAGAUUUACAAAAACGGCGUCGUUUUCAUCCUUUACGAAAUUUGCGGCGUAUUUUUAGACGACGUACCAUCACUAAUCCAACAGAUACACCAACCAGCUUAUCAGUGCCACAACAGCCUACAAGUAGUACCAGUGAAAAGAAUUUACGUAGUGCUACACUUUCUUCGAUAUCUUCUGUUGUUUCGGCUUCAUCACCAUCGUCGCCAUUAACACACCAACAAAUACAGGAAUCAUAUUCAUCACAAUCAUUGCCUAAAUCAAAAUCGUACGGCAUUGCGAGUAGUAUAGGAGCAGCCGUAUUAGGUAGAGAUGCUGCAUCUAAAAAACAAAAGACAAAACAGCAACAACAACUUCAACAACAGCAGUUACAACAAUUAAGAGACCAAACGUCGGCUGGUACGACAAUAAUAAACGAUAACGAUAUGUACACAACAACAACUUCAAGUACAUCUUCCUAUCAUCAUAGUCAUCACACACAGAAUUAUGCAAAGCAUACAUAUGUGGGGCCAGGUAAUACUCCACAACGACAAUCUAUAGGCGUUGCAGUAUUGCCAACUGCAAUGAAUCGUAGUUUUUUCAGUGAGCGACAGAAACUACGUAGCGUUGGUGACUCAUCGCAGGACCUUGAUAGCAGUGGUAAUGGUAGUGGUAGUAACAUUGAUAGCAACAAUGCAGGACGUACAAAUGAUAAUAACAGUGGCGGAGAAAUGUCCGACAGUCAGAGAAGCUUGAGUGAAGGACGCUUAGUUGACAGUGAUUAUAAUACACAAGAUCAACUUUCACAAUCGCAUGAUAGCGUUUUUUCCGAAUCUGCGACUGCUAGCAGCCUCUCUUCAGUUCUUAAGCACUAUUGGAGAUUUUCCUAGCUUCUGUCCUUUACAGUAGAAAAUGCAUGAUAAAAGACUAUAUAUGGA